GCCGGCCUUCUUCUUGCGUCACUUCCGCUUCCUUCCUCUUUAGGCGGGUAAUUUGAACGUUUGUGGACACAAGCUUCCCGGUCGGCGCGAGCGUAGGUUGGCAACUGCGGCGGAGACUGAGCCGGAUCGUGGGCAUGUCGGAGCGGCGAACGCGGUCCGGAGGGCCCUCCCAGCGGUCGGGAGUCAGGACCCCGCUUACUAAGUCUUCUAAGAGGUUCCAGCGGAAAUCUGGCUCAGAUCUUCCAAACAUCUUUCCUGAAAUUUGGCCAAAGACACCUCAUGCGGCUCCGGUCAGAAAGCCCAUCGUCUUGAAGAAGAUCGUGGCUCACGCAGUAGAGGUCCCAUCUGCCCACACGCUUCGAAGGAGUCCUAGGAUCUCUUUUAUCUUGGAAAAAGAAAACAGCCCUCCUCUCAAGGUCCCUACUAAGGAGGACCUCUUCAAGACUUGCAGUGUCCCUGGUACCCCCACCAGCACCCCAGUGCUGUACGCUCAGAAUGUUGACUCUAACUCCGGGGAGGGAGAGCUGGACACCAGAGACUUGGAAAUGUCCCAGAAAGUCAGACGAUCAUACAGUCGGCUGGAGAACCUCAGUUCUGCCUCAACCUCCACUCCUGGUCGCCGGUCCUUCUUUGGCUUUGAGGGACCUGAAGACUUGCCUGGAGUCUCACCUGUUGUGUGUUCAAAGUUAACUGAAGUCCCAAAGGUACCUGUGAAGCCCUGGGUUCCAGACACAACCCUUCCUGGUAUCUCUCCUCCAGCUGUGAAAGAGAAGCGAAAGAAGAAGGUGCCAGAGAUCCUGAAAUCGGAGCUGGAUGAGUGGGCUAUGGCCAUGAAUGCUGAGUUUGAAGCUGCUGAAAAGUUUGAUCUUCUAAUUGAAUGAGAUAGAGUGGGGGUACCCCUGGCCAUGCUCUCACCUCUCUCUCCUUGUGCAUAUUGCCCUUGAGUAGAAAGGACUUGUAAGGUCCUCUUUAUUGGCCUUGUU